AUGCCCAUAGGCCAACAAGAAAGCGGUGUGACCUCGGGCGUGAAGUUUGUCACGUCCACUGUAGGCAACACGGUUGGCGGCGUUACGAACACUGUGGGAGGUGUUGUUGGCGCACUUGGUCGAGGUGUUGGUGAAACGCUUGAAGGCGCCACGGGCAGUGCCGGUCGGCCUGUUGCGAGAGGUAUUUCUGAUGUUUCCACAAGCAUCGAAAAAGGCGCAAACGACGUAGCAGGAGGCGUGAAGCGCGCCGGAGAGGGCAAAUGA